ACCUACUGCAAUUUCCUCAUCUACAAUUGGCAGAAGGUUCAUACGCGUUCGUAUCCAAUGCGGCUCGACCAGAGAUAAUCUUUCACACCAGCGCGAAUUCAGUGUGACGUACGCGCAGGAAGACACUGACAAAAGAAGACGAAGAACACGAUGGCUAUUCUCAGCAAGGCUGCUGCUGCUUUGUCGGUGUACUACUUAUCAAUCGAAGACAUUCCUGAUUCUCUUGCACGCACGACUUCCCCCGAGGGUUACGUAUCGAUAAUAAGCCCUACGGGGAGGGACGUGCCAAACGUGCGCUUCGUGCCUGCUCCUCCCCCUCCCGUCUCAAUCAACCCAUGUCGGACACCGAGAAGAAUUUCCCCGUGCACAGCAGCCCAGGAAUCCCGUUCGACGACGACGAUCACUCCUCGAAGGAUCCGUUCGCUCUUCGCGCGCACACGGCAGGCCGGUUGGUCAUCGAUCCAGCCGAAGCCAGACUUGAAUUCGGCGACGCCGUCGCCGCGCGGCUGAAGCUGUCCGCGGAUGGGAAAACGGUGCUGUGGCCCCAGCCCACAGACUCGCCCGAGGACCCGCAGAACUGGAGCGACGGCAAGAAGUCCUUGAUGCUCAUCGUCGUCACGCUGGCUGCCGUCGUCCCGGACUUUGACUCUGGGAUCGGCAUUGCGGCGAUCUUCAAGCUUGCGGAGGAGUAUGGUACAACGACGGGUGUGAUUAACAACUUGACCUCCAACUGGAGUAUCUUCCUUGUCGGUUGGGGAGGAAUUACCGCUGUUAUGGCUGUUCGGCGUUUGGGUCGCCUUCCGGUUCUUUUCUGGUCUCAAAUCCUGUCUCUGGGGUUCUUAGUCGGAGCGACAUUCGCGCCGAACUUGAACACGUUCACAGCUAUGCGUUGUUUGACUGGAUUUUUUGGGACCACACCGCAAGUGAUUGGUUUGUUUGUCGUGACGGAUUUGUAUCCAUUCCAUCUGCAAGCACGGAUGCUGAACUUCUGGACAAUGGGGUUCAUCAUCUCGCCGUUUCUGUCGCCUUUCCUCUUUGGGUUUCUGGUCGCCCGCACGUCCUGGCGCUGGGCCUACGGGAUCGGCUGCAUCUACGGAUUGAUUGUCAUCCUCCUGAUCGUAUUCUUGAUGGAAGAAACAAUCUACGACCGCACCGUGAAACCGAUCCCGGAGCGCCCCACCUCGGGGUCACGGUACCACGUCGAAACGCUGCUCGGGAUCACGGGGUUGAAGAUGCAGAAACACCGCGUCUCGUGGAAGGAGACUAUUUUGUCGCCGUUUGCAGUUGUCUGGCGCCCCCACAUCCUCGGGCUGCUAGUCUUCGAGGCUUUGCUGUUCGGCUUCGGCAUCGGGAUCAAUGACACGAACGCGGUCUUCCUUGGCAGUCCUCCGCCGGUCGGAUUCGGCUGGUCGCAGUAUGCGAUUGCAGGCGGGUACGGUACUCCCAUCGUGUCGGUGGUUGUGGGCGAAUUGAUCGGCCGGUACAUGAACGACUGGAUCAUGGACCGGAGUGUGCAACGGAACAACGGUGUUUUCGAAGCGGAGAGCCGCUUGUGGGCUUGUUACGUCGCCAUCCCGCUCAACGUCGCCGGUCUGGUUCUUCUGGGCGCGGCGUUCCAGAAGAGACUGAGCCCGUUCGCUGUUAUCAUGGGCUGGGGAUUGGUUGAGGUGUCGGUCAUGAUCAACACCGUCGCGGUCUACGCGUACUGCAACGAUGCGUUUCCGGAACAUCAGGGGGAAAUCAGCGCCCUGAUAAACCUGGCCCGCGUCCUCGACGGAUUCGGCGUCGCGUACUUCCAGAUUCCGUGGGCCAUCAAGAGCGGAGCGCUGCAAGUGUUCGGGUGUGAAGCAGCCAUUGAUGCGGGUCUCUUUCUGCUCGUCGUGCCUGUUCUUCAAGUAUCGGGGCGGGAUCUUCGGGCUCGGUUCUCGCUGCGUUAGCUCGUCCAGUUAUCUUCACGUCGUAUGAGCAUGGGAUUUGGCCGUCGGGGUUACUACUUUGUAAUUUCAAUAGUUGGUGCCUUGAACACUGCUACUCAACAAGAGUAUCCACAGUUCUGCUCGUCACCCAUCGCAUCCAACCUGGCGUAUGCGAGCAGAACAUGCCAAGGACCAGGCCGUCGAGACUGGCCGGCCGCAUCCGGCACUCGAGAAGGGGACGUUCAGUGAAAUCCUCGGGGUGUGAAGACGAGGAAAGCACUCGAGCGCAGCGAUGAGUUAUGGUUAGGUGACAUUACUUUGAUGUCCAACGGGUUGGAUGUGAG